CAGAGUCGGAGUCGGCGCUUUUUGACGAAGCUUCCCGAGCGCAGCCGAACUCAAAUCCACCACAAACCCGACACCAACCGAAAGUCUUCAGCUUCUCCCGAUCCGGUCCCACUGAAGUCUGUUGUUGUCGGGCUUGGGGGUGAUGGUGUGGACGAGAUUAAUGAAAUAAAGAGAGAGAGAGAAAAAUAAUAAUAAUUAUAAUAAUAAAGAGAGAUUUACAUCACUCCUGAGCCCCUCCCAGUCCAGUGAUUUUUCGGAUUCGAGGCUUGACAAAGAGAUCGGCUGUUCAAGAUGAAAGUAAUCAGCGGCGUCGUGCUUGGCGCCCUGUUCUGCACUGUCGCGUCAGCAUCGUUGCAAGUCACAGAGGAGCACAGGACGGUCUUCAUCGGCGAGGACGUUCACAUCGACAUCCCCCCCAAGAGCAUCGCCGAGGUCCUGUUUAAGCCGCCGACCAACGACUCCGCUCAGGUGUUUCUGAUGCAGGCGGGUCAGGUGAACAGCCAGUACAAACACGCUUAUCUCAACACCCUGGACCACCUGGUGCUGGAUAACGUGCAGAAGGAGAACGAGGGCACGUACAUCAUCAAGAACACCAACGACUCCAGCAUCACCCACCUCGUCCUCUUUGUCAGGGACUGCUCUUUGGAGCAAGUGGUGAAGUACGGGGAAUCCUACACCAUCCCUCUCAAUCAAGUCAAAGGCCCCAUCACCCUGAAGUUCAGGCCCAACCUGAUCAGAGUGAACCAGACGGAGGUUCAGCACACAACAGAUCCUCCUCUCGUGGUGCUGUACAACAAGUCGACGGGCGUAGCCGAGGGCUACGAGCGGCGCCUCAGCGUGUCCGAGAAGAAGGUGACGCUGCACGCGGUCGCCAUGACGGACGAAGGGAGCUUCAUGGUGCUGGACCACGACGACCACAUCAAGAUGUGGAACUGCCUGAACGUCAAAGAGCACCAGACCUUUCUGCAUCUCAACUACGGAGAAAACCUGAAGACCAAGCUCUACCUGCACCACUCCAACGUCAACAUCGUCUACAGGCCCAAGUCGGACAAUCAGGAGCGGGUCAUCGUGGACCAGGGCGCGGUGGUGACGCCUCUGGACCCGCUGCUGGAGGGCAGGCUGAGCGUGGAGGGCUCGGAGCUCAUCAUGAAGAAGAUCCAAGUCUCCGACGCCGGCGUCUUCAGAGUGACGGACCUGGCCGGGUUCCCCGUGGUUAACGUCUACAUAGACGUAAAAGCGUAUAAACUGCCUCCGCUGACGGUGGCCAUCCUCUCCAUGCUGGGCCUGAUCGCCUUCAUGCUGCUGGUGUGCCUGCUGUCCUGCGUCUACAAAGUGCACAGGAGGAACGAGAAGAACAAGAAGCUGGCGCUCAUCGCUCAGCAGGCCGGCAAGGGAGACGGCGAGGCCUUCAGACAGGUGGUCCACGAGGCUUACAGCAGGUUCACGGAGGAAUCGCUGACGCAGUCCGUGUGUGAUAAACCCUCGGAGAGCACAGAAGUCACCAUCAAGGGCCUUGAAGUGACCAAACCCGGCCGCUACCAGACUCUGAGCUCAGACAACUUCCUGGAGAUGAGUGACUCCGGGGUCGAGUUCACAAACUCUGGCCUCCCGCUCGACAGCGACACCGACGCCCCGGUGACCUACGCCUCCCACAAGCCCCUCCUGAAUGCUAUGUCGCCUACGGCCGUGACCGAGGGAGCGCGCUCCAUCAGCCCGGAGACCACCGCCGUCCCAGACGGCGAACUCAGCGCCAGCCGGACCCCCGACUCCGUGAUGAGCGCCAGCCCCACCUCCCACCCUCGCUCCCUGGCGGCCGCGACCCCCGACGGCAGCCUGCGAGGGGCCGCGUCUCCGGGCGCCGCCUCCAGGGGCACCGCCGAGUCCGAUUCAGCCAAGACAGAAGGAGGAGCUGAGGGCGGAGAAGGAGGCGAGAAGGAGGAGUCGGCUCAUAGCACCUGAGAGGGAGAAGAAGCCAGGUGUAUUUUUUUUCUAACCCACGUCUCCACAAUGCAUCUCACAGGACUCUUUUUCAACAAAGUUUAUCAUCACUGCAUUUAAAAAAAAAAAGAAAAACGAUGCCUGGAUCCGGAUGUCAGUGUAGCCUAUUGGAGAAAAUAAUCGCACAAAAUGCACAAUUCAGAAUUUAAUGCACUACGCUGUGAAAAACUAAAUGCAAAAGAGGAAACCCCACUAAAAGAAGAAGAACGACACAAACACAUUUCCGUUCAUAUGGAAAACGCAUGCGUUUAAAUUAAAGAAGAUGUCGUAGUUCAGAUCGACAGAAAAAAAAACUUUAGAGUAGACUGCAUGUUAGCUUCAACGGGCCAAAGAAGCACAGGCUCCAAAGGCAGGUACGGCGAUAAGACAAGGGUAAAACACUCUCAGCACUUUUAGGGAAACACCUAAAUGGGAUCAGACGUUUAAAGCUCCCGUCAAAGAGGCUGCCAAAUAAAAUAGUAGUCGUUUGACGUUUUGACAGGCUGAGCGAGUGCGCGCCAGCGAAUCAGACGUUGUUUUCUAAGACUGCGGCUACGAACAAGCCCGGGAGAGGUGAAUCUCUAGUGCGUCGCCUCUGACAGCACUUUUUGUUCCGCUCUCACGGCAUCAGGCAAACACUGCGAUGAUUGCGUUUCAACCCACCCACGCACAGACUCUAUUAUUAACAGUACAAUCAUGUCACAGAGAGCUUCCACGUCUCAGACAAAAAGUGCUUGUUUCAGCACUCAUUCACCGUAUCCAUGAAGCAGAAAGAAAAAAAAGGCCACUCGGGGUAUUAUUUCUCUGAAACUAGCUCAAUUAGAUUGAGCACCGCCGCUCCUAUGUGAGUGCCGGUUGUUGUUUUCCUUUAUCUUAUAUCUUAGUUGUCAGAUCUGCCACUUUCCAAGGCUGCAGGAGCCUGUUGAAAACGUCAUCUCACUCACGCUAACAAUAAAUAUCCCCAGAAGAAGAAAA